AUGGGUACCAAGGUCGAAGUAGGAGAUACUGCGGGGACUAUUGAAAAGGUCAAGGACGAGAAAGAUGAUGAGGAAGUCCCUGAUAUUGAUGCUGUGACAUCUGAUGACACCAUUCGAAAAGGAUUGUACCCUGAACCAGGGGCGAAUGCAUCGACCAAAAACGGAGGAGGUGUGAAGAAAAUGGAACACCACUGGGCACUCUGCAAAGUUUUGUUUGAUGGCCAUGUGGAGUAUGGCAGUGCAUUCGAAAUCGCACUUGGCAACCUGAAAGAAAAAGGCCUGCGACAAGCAUGGGUUCGAAAGAUCAAAAACCGAAUGCAGAUGUAUGGCGUCAUUUGGUUCUGUGAUGAGAUGGGAACAACAGGAGCUGGCAUUGAGCAUGAGGGAGAUAUCAACAUGAGUCAGGUGAACAAAUUCACCACAAGAUGGGACAACUUCGCCAGCACAAAUAAAGAAGAAUUUCCAUGGUUCUUUGAGAUGCAUGCUCUUGUUGCCAAUCAUCCUAGUCAGAUUCCUACCGGUGUUGGUAAUGCGGAUUCAGUGGCUGACUUUUCAAUUUUGUUACCAAAUGAUGGCGAAGAAUUCUCCGAGUCACAGAAGUAUGAUGGAGAUGUCUUUGUGGCAAGUGGCGAUGACAUGAAACAGUCAAAACCCCCAAAACACCAGCAGUUGACAAAGAUUCAGAAUCUCGCUGAUGAAGAUUGCAAGCCUGCGAAGAAGUUCAAGGUUACCAAACCAUCCAAGACAAAGUCAUUCCUAGACAGGUAUGCCGAAGUGGCUGAGCAGGAAGAGCUGACUGCACAGAAACGGGCUGAUGCACUCACAGCCAAGGCAUCACUUGCUGUUGUCAAAGCAAAAGCCAAGGCUGAGAUCAAGCUGGAGAAGGAGAGACACAAGACAGAGAAGGAGAGGAGGAAGACUGAGUAUGCAUUGAGGAAGCUGGAGCUCAAGCAUAAAUUUUGCAUGGCUCAAUUGCCUCACAGUGACCAGCCUGGCCCUUCGCAAGCACAAGUUCAGUGCAGAUUUUGUCAAAGGUGUAUGGGGAGACUCAAAGACUCUUGCGAAACUUGUCAGGACGUUAUGGCUUCAGCACAUCUAACACAUGGCGCAUUUGAGAUGGACCACGAGGAAGCUGAUUACAAGCCAUCUGGUAGCGGUGCAAAUAAGAAUCCCAAAUGA